AUGUACACGCGAAGCAGGCAACAGAACCAGAGCCGUAUCAGCUCUAUUUCAAGGAGCUGGGAGCCAAUAACAAAGAACAGAACCAGAGCUACAACAACGCACAACCGUAGAGGUUCCUUGUGUAGCGGCGACCCACCCUAUGUUUUACAGUAUAAUACACAAGGAAGUUACCAAGCAUCGCAAUCCACGCCCAUUCAACAAAGCAAUUAUAAACAAGACAACGUACAAAACUCACAAGGAUUCAAAUCACAGCAGCAACAGCAGCAGCAGCCGCCGCCAGCGCAAAUGCCAGCAGCCGCGUUGGCACGACCUGUACCGACUGUAGCACUUACGCAGCUGAAACAGCUUUAGCAAAAGCCCCAACAACAAUUACAGCAGCAGCCAAAGUUGCAAUUACAACAGCAACAAGUGCAGCAGCAGCAGCAACAGCAACUGCAACAACAGUCGCAGCAACAGACUUCAAAUCCGCAGCGAUUGAAGCUGAUCUUGAAACAGAGUACACCAAUUGCACAGCCGGCUACGGCCGUUGCACAAACUCCACCUGUGACUCCUCAAUCUUGUAUGCCUCCUGCAGCAUCUUCUCCAAGCUCCGUUAAUAAUAAUUCUGAUAUUAUGGAUGAAAAGAACAAAAACAUAGAUGUUGAUUUGCAAGAUGUCCAACCAAAGCAGCGAAGAAAGAUACCUGGAUUUAAAGUAAAUAAAAGAUUAAAGCGCCUUCGUAUGAACCAACGUCUGCGGAAAACUUUACAACCGAAAAAUGCAAUCAUGGUAUUAAAUGAGUAGAAAGCUGGAGUCCAAUUUACAUUCCCGGAAACACAGGGACCCAUGUCAAACUCACUCUAUCUCGUUAAUGCUGAACUUGAUGGUAAAACUUACGUUGGACAAGGAUUAUCUAAACCGCUUGCUCACCAAAAUGCAGCUGAAAAUGGUUUAAAGGCUUUGCUACUUGCAAAAAUGACGGCGGCAUCUAUGAAAGCACAUAUAGAUGCCGAAUCAGAUGGACAAACUGUUAAUCCACCUAUAGAUGGAAUAAAAGAAAGUAAUGACGAUAGCAUCGCUAUGGACACGAGUACUUCUGAAGAUAAGAUAUCAUGGAGUUCAUUGGCUCAGUUCAGUUUUGUACUUUACAAACUUUUUCUUAAAUGGCAUAAUCAGAGAACAUCAGUUCCAGUCCUGCGACCUGGUUUACCAACUACAAAAGGAAUCAAGAAAGAGAGUCCUACUGGUGUUAAACUUCCCGCUCAAAAGGAACUUCCACCUAAUCCUACGAAUAUACAUCCAGUUAUGUUGCUGAAUCAAAUGAGGCCUGGGUUAACAUACAAGUACGUAGAGCUCAACCGUGUUGGUAACCCACCGAAUACAAUGUUCACUCUGGCUGUUGACGUUGGUGGGGUCGAAUAUUCAGGAACAGCUAAAAACAAGAAAGAUGCCAAGAAAGCGGCAGCUAAAGCAGCACUAUUGGCAUUAUACGACCUGGCGUAUCCUGAGGAUGACAAGCCAAAUUUACUGGCAAUUGGUUAAAAUAAAUAGCUUGUUUAACAUGAUCGAGUCAAAAUAUAUACAUAUUUUUUAAAUUUCAUUUUUGUUCACAAAAUAUUAAACUGAUUUUCGUGAUUUGCUUACACUGCUAUUAUGAUUUACCUAGGUUGAGUUUUUUUCUUUUUGCCUAAUUGCAUUUUGCCUUGAUAUUACGUAAUAAAUGUACGAUUGUUAGCACAUGUCAAAAUAUAAAUACAGAUUGAGUCACACAAUUUAAAUAAAUUAAUAAUACCUA